AUGAAUAUUGUAUAUUUUGAUGAUAAAAGAGAACAUGGGGUGAAAAAACUUACCACUGGAAUCAAUGAGAACGUGCUCAGUUAUCUGGAAAAUUUCGAGAGUUGUUAUACAUUGGAUCAAUUAAAAGAAGCACUUAAUAAAAAUAAUAUACAUGGACAAACAAAUGUUCCUUUCGAUAUAAAAUACAUCUAUCAAUUUUCAAUAACAUGUUUAAAUUUAACAGAGUUUGAAUAUUCUGCAUAUGUUUGGGUGCCAUUAAUAAACUAUGCAUUUAUGGAAAGUGACAAUAUCAAAAUUGCGAGUGGUGAUGUAUCUUCAAGAGGGUUUGAAAAGUUGAAAUCUUUGGCCCAGACACAAAAUAAAACAGGUCCAAGAAUUGAUACAAAGGGUGCAAUAUUAUCAACUGGAAUUGAGGUAUUACUAAUAGAAAAUGCAGUAAAUGAAGAUCAAAAUAAACAACUCCUAGACCAAGAGAAAUUAGAUAUUGCACAAAGGUCCUGCUUGCAAGUGUAUUUAUCUCAUUACCAUCAUCUUCAUGGAAUAAUAUACACGAAUUAG